GUCAUUGUUUCCCACGACAGAAUCCUGUCAUCUUAACAUUUGCAUCCGCAUGAUUCGAGACCUUCCUAAAAUGUCGCCACGCUGCCAAUAAUGCCCCUGCCCUGUAAUUAACAGCGUAUCCCCCAGAACCCUAGAGACUGAGUCAACAAAAAUUGAUAAACCUUCCCCAAAAGUGAAAAAUCCUAGGGUUAUGGAACCUUCGUACUUCCUUGGUUUGUAGUCUCUCUUUCCUUGUUUCUCUCUGUCCUUUUUUGGUUCUCUCUCCGGAGAAUUUGGAUAUGGAGGGCUUCUGCUCAGAAAAGUGUCUCGCGGAGAGGUUUGUGAGCUCUGUAAUGGAAGCUGUAGCUGCUGAGACUGCCAUUGUUGCUGCGAGAACUCUGGCUUCUCUUCUCAUCACAGUGCUGUCUUUUCCAUAUGGCAUGGAUAUGUUCCCCAGAGAGCCUGUCACUUUUGAUUGGGUUUCUAUACUGGAGCUUCACUCAGUGAAGCAACCUAUUCCUGAGAACAAAGAUGCCAGUGGAACUGAAGAUGAUGAUGAGGAUGAGGAUGAGGAUGAGGAUGAGGAUGAUGGUGCUGAUGAUCAAGAGGAUGAUGGUGCUGAAGAUCAAGAUGCUGAGCAUGGAAAGAAUGAUGAGGAUGAAGGGGAUCCUGAGGGUGACCCUGAGGCCAAUGAUGCUGACGGAAGUGAAGAUGAGGAUAAUGAUGAAGAAGAUGAGGAUGAUGAUGAAGAUGAUGGGGAAGAGGAAGAGGAAGAGGAAGAGGAAGAUGAAGAGGAAGAAGAGGAUGAAGAGGAGAUUCGUCAGCCAGCGGCAAAGAAGAGGAAAUGAGAGAUUGAAACUUUUUUAUUUUGUUUUCAAUUAGUCUUGCUUUCUUGGGGUUGGGAAUUCAGGAAAGUAGGAGCCCUAGUAUUGUGAGGGAAAGCAUUCAACUUGCCUAUCUGCAUAGAGAAAUUUGAGAUACUAGUUGCAAGAGAUCCUGUCUGAGAUUAUUUCUAGUUCUACAGCUCUAUAAUAUUAUGUAUAUUGCCUUUGACA